UUCCUUCUUUGCUCAUGUGGGGAAACAGAAGGCGGUGAUUAGGGCGGUAAGUUUCAAGGCAGUCGCCAAGUCGCAACUCCAUGAAAGACAACAUGCGAUAGUGCUCCAUGGCGCUAACUCUUUUGUAUAAAAUCAAAAGUGGUUGAUUUCUCGUGCUGCCUACAGGCACGGGACUGUAAUAUCUCCAUGGCUUCUCUGUUGUCUCUUGCUGGUUGGGCAUUUCUACCAAAUUAUGCGACUUCCAUAGUUCAGAAUAUUUACUACGGAAUUACCAUUCGCGCGGGUGAACCUCGACCCCAACCCCCCUCUCCGCGCUAUGCACGACAUCGCCGUCGCAUCUUUAUACUGGUUGUGACAAGCUAUCUCCUCUACACGCUCUAUGAGACAUUUCAUCGGGUCCAGGCUGCCGGUGAUUUUUACAAAGCACUUGGAGUCUCUCCACUGGCCGAUGAUAGGACGAUUAAAACGCGAUUCCGGCGCCUUGCGGCGCAGCAUCAUCCAGACAAGUUUAACCAAGGGGAUGGCAUCCCUUCCGACGACUACUUUGUAUAUUUAAAGUUGGCGCAAGAGACCUUACUGGAUCCUGCGAAGCGGUUUGCAUAUGAUAGAUUUGGACCCGAUAUUCUUGGUUGGGGUAAUGUCAAGACCGUGCAAGACUUUCUGUUUAGGGGUUUACAACGGUCGAUACCGCAGUAUGUGGGAGGAUUCGUGACCAUUGUCAUCUUGAACUUCACCUGGUGGGCCAACUGGGGUCGUUAUUGGCGCUUCUUUACUUUUGCUGCCUUGAUCACUCUUGAACUAGCUUUGAUCACGCAGCCAAGAGCGUUAUUCUUCCCUGCAUCCUAUAUCCCUGUGGAGCUACAAAAGUUGCUGGGCAUUUCUACGAAGACGCCGAGUUUCUAUCUCCUACCAUUUCAGAUCUUGACUCUUGCGCAGCGUGCCUCCGUAAUGCUACAUAUCUUUAUUUCGCAGGUGACACCGCCAGAGGUCAGCAAAGGGUCGUCUUCCGCAGCGGGUGAGCGUAUCCACCCGCAGACCAUGCAGCGCCUCGCGCAAUUAGCUCAGCUCUCUCGGGCUACAGACGGCGAGUCGACGCGGCUGUUGCAGCUGGGAUUUGCGCCAUUUAAAGGCGAUCGGGAGAGCGUUGCCACGCUGCGCAAGGGCAUGAAGGAGGGGCUAGUCCUGAGCAGUGUACGAGCUAGUCCAGGGGUGCAGCAAGCUGUCGGGGAGGUGAUUGAACGGAAAAGGCAAGACAAGAAGGCCGAUUAGCGCUGGAGUUGAGGAUGAGCGGUUAAUUGUACAUGUAUUCAAGUGAUUCGGCGACAUUAUAUCUGAUAAGCUCAUUACAGGUCAUGAACUGUUAUAGAGAUUGAUAUUCUCGAUGUAGAUGGGCACCGAUAGUAUUAGAUAUUGUACAUUGAAAGAUUUUGAUGUGAGAUGGGAGGUGAGGCAAUUUCGCCCCAACUUGCAGGUUCCCAGGACUCGGAUUAAUAUUGAGCCCUUUAAUUCCUAUCUCGUUCGAUUACUUGAGCAAAUAACUCUCGGCGGUUGGGGAUUAUCAAUGGGAACGGAUAGCCCGGACAUUAAGCCCGUUUCCCGGUCAUUGCGCGGUUUUCUG